GUGAAUUACUAUGUAAAGGCUAAUAUCCAGGCAACAGCUAUUACUGAUUCUGCAAAUCUACAGGAAAGUUGCACAAGAAUAAAUAUAUGUGCAGAACAGCCAAUUGAAAACAUGAAUAAUGAUUUGGAGACAUUGAUUACUUCUCCAGAAAAAAAGCUGCAGACAAAUUGGACGGAACAGAGAUAAUAAUUGCUAGAUUCAAUUGGCGAGGAAAAUUUUCAUCAGGGAGAUGACUAAAGUUCGAUUAACCAUGGAGGGCCUUGAGGAGCAAGUGAAGGAAAUGAUGUUGAGAAUGGAUUCCUUCCAGUCUCCUAAGGCUGUCAUGAGUAGUGACAUGGGCCAAAUCAAGGAAAUUUUAAACAAGUUUCCUCUGUGCUCAAUGGACGAACUUCGAGAAGUGGAGGAUAGUCUAAGAAACAACAAGGAUGUGAAAACACAACUGAUUUUGUAUUUGGCUAGGACAGGUGGAAAAUGUGCUAAAUCUGUCACAGUACAAUUGAUUAAAUUGAUAUUUGAUGAUGGCCUGGCUAGAGAGUUCAGCUGGGCAGGGGGUAAAGGAAAGCACAAGUAUUGCGAGCUUGUGCUGUGCGAUAUCAUCAAUGAAACUGUUCUAAAGAACUUACCUAAUGAAACCAAGUUUGCCAUCUCAGAGGCUACAAAAAGCUGGCUGAGGCAUGCCAGUGAAUGGUAUACAAGGAGGGGCAAUCAACCAUCUAACAUGGACUGA